CCGUCUCAUUCGUUAAUUAGAUCAAUUAUUUUAAAAGCCUUUUGAUUAAAGUGAGGGCAAGUAAAAUGAGAGUAUUUUUUUGUUUUCAAUCCUAAUUUGUUAGUCACUAUUGUUCAGCUAAAGUUCUCUGAUCCUUCUGCAUCCUUAAAUACACCUUUUAACUCUUUCUUUCUCCCUUCAAACCUUCUGACUACUCUUCUGCAAUUCCUCCUUUACUGCAAAAAUAUUUAUUAUUUCUUCAACAUCAAACCUUGCUUCAGAGAGAAAUUAAUUUCUGUAUUAAAAAUAGUUAUCUUUUAUAGAAACCCAUGCAAAAAAUCAUAAGGUACUCAUGAUCUAAUCAAUAAGUUAUUAGCAUUUACCAACCACUUAUUUGUCAGUCUUCUUCUUUAUAUAACUAGCUAGCUUUCUCCUAGUUGUUCUCAGUUCUCAGCUUCAGAUCCGUUUGACUAUGGAUCUUUCACUGCAAAUCAGUCCGCCUUCGAUCACUCUAACAAAUGAGAAAGACAACUAUGGAGCAUCUAGCGAGCUGAAUGAGCUGAUGAGCACGAAGAAAGUCACUUUUUACAGUGACCGGGGCUCAACUACCACAACUACGGAGUCAGGGACUAGUGCUGAUGGUAGCGAGAUAAGUUACAAUGAGAUUGAUACAAACAAUAAUAUAAACGGGCCUAUGUUGAGCUUAGGGUUUGAUCAUAUGAGUCGUUUUGAUGGGCUAGCUCCGUUUCGAGGGUUUAAUGGUAAUAAUAAUAGUAAUAGUAGUAGUGAUUGUUAUAAUCUUCACCAUUAUACCCAAUUUAAUCACCAGCCUCAAAUCUACGGCCGUGAUUUUAAGAGGAACUCGAGGUCGUCGACUAGUGGGGGUAAGAGGAGUGUUAGAGCUCCUAGGAUGAGAUGGACUUCUACUCUCCAUGCUCACUUUAUUCACGCUGUUCAGUUACUUGGUGGUCAUGAGAGAGCGACGCCGAAAUCGGUGCUGGAGUUGAUGAAUGUGAAGGAUCUAACCCUAGCGCAUGUCAAGAGUCACUUGCAGAUGUAUAGAACAGUCAAGACCACUGACAAAGCAACAUUAUCAUCUUCAGGUCUAGCAUUACACCAGGAAGACAUGAUGGGUUCAAACCAAUUUUCUUCAGAAAAAGCUGAUUCUAAUUAUCCUUCUUAUUCUCUCAACCCAUCAUCUCCUACUCCACCACCACCAUUAUUACCCAAAACAAAUUUAGGUCCAUGGCUAUCAUCCUUACAUGUUGCAGACGACGGAUCCCCCUUGAUUCGACGCCUUUAUUCUCAUUCCAAGGUGGACGGGUGUGAUAAUGUACUUAACCUAUCAAGCAUGGAGCAAGAACAGCUUGGAUCAGCUGUAUGUUUUUCAUCUGCUGAUCAAAGUUUGUUGAAUUUAGAAUUCACCUUAGGACGGCCGAGUUCCAAUGAUAUGAAUCUACUUAAGUGUUGAGAUGAUUAACUAAUCAUGUAUUAAUUAGCUAGAAUUAUCAUGUUAGAUGUUAAUUACCUGUUCUUAUGUUCAAGCAAUUGGUCUUGUCCUUGGAACAUUUUUCACAAACAUGUUCACUGCCGUUCAUGUUAACUAACUUGUUCUUAUCUUUCGAAUUAAUGCAAAUCGUGGAAGUUGUCUAA